AGCAUGGCAUUUUCAAAUCAACGCGAAUUCGAAGACGAUAAUAACAUUUCGAGAUUGGGCGUUUUAUCUGAGCGGUCAGAAGGUUUUAAACAGUGGGUAUUUGGACAGCUAGAGUCUCGUCAAUGUCACCAUAUAUUGGAAGCUGCAUGCGGUACAGGUGGUGAUUCUUUGCUUCUUCUGAAGAAAGGCUACAACGUCGUCAGUUCUGAUGGUUCUCAGGCCAUGGUCAACUACGCAAAAAACGCCAGAGAAGAGCAGCAAAUCGAAACCUGGGAUAUACUUCAGGCCAAUUGGUUAACGCUGAAAGACGACCUUCAUGUGUAUGGGGGAUUUGAUGCUGUGUUGUGUUUAUCAAGUUCUAUGGUCUGUCUCAUUGAUUCUACACCAAACUUUGACCUUUACCGCCGGUCCUUCGAGAACUUCAAAUCCAUGCUCAAACCAGGAGGAGUUCUUUUGAUUGACCACAGGAACAUGGACGUCAUCAUGGACCACGGUAGACCUAUCAACAAGAACGUUUAUUUCAAGUACAACACUAUAUCUAAAAUGGCAUCGGAGGUCUGCAAAUGUCCAGGAAAACCGGAUGUGACGAACAUUACAUACGAUAUGAUCCAGGAAUCCGGUAAAAGCGAUAACUGUGGUUCACGAAAGGGACUCAUUGAAAAAGUGACGAUCCCAUUGCAACCCAUCCGUGCAACAAAAUUUGCCAGUAUUCUAGCUGAGGUUUUCGGAGAAGAUUGUGAACACGCCCUCUACGCCGAUUUCAAGCCAAUUAAGGAGGUUGAUUCACCUGCAUAUUAUCAAUAUGUAUUUCAAAAGACAAAGUAAAACAAUGCAUCCAAUUUCUUAGUCAUUUAACCCUACCUAAUCAUUUUAACUUUCACUCUACCCUGUGUUUUUCUUUCCUAUUAACCGACUACAUAAAACUGGAAUUUGAUCGUAGCUUGUGUGGACCCUCCUUGUAAAUCGUAGCCUGUUUGCGCUCGCAUUAUCAACAGUGUUGGCGUUUCUAUGUUCGUGCCAUUUGUGUACUUAACUUAUCCGGGGCGAGCUAUAACCCAUUAUUAUUGUGGCAUGUGGCAAAAAGGCACUAUGUUUGUUGUAGAAAUUUCAACCAUCAUAGAUUAUGUUACUUCUUAAUCCAUAUUGGAGAAUGACACUAAUCCUGAAUCUGUUCGGUUUGCCCAACUCCUGGAGGAUAAUAACCCGAUACAGCAAGUUUGAGGCAGCACACAUAUGUCGGGACAUACAUUCGAACUUAUAAUUGCUAUAUGAGAUAAUAAUCCAAACUAAGUUAGUUCUGUAACUUA